AUGAAGAAGAUGAAUGUAGGUCUGAUUCUUUUCUCGGUGGCCUUGGCCGCGGCGGCAACAGGGGGGGCUCGUCGCUUCGAUCCGAGCACCCUGCUGGCUGAGAUGAUGGAGGAGAAUGGUGAGGCAAACUACUUGAUGAAGUCGGCCACCACUGCCUGCUGCAACAACUGCAUCUGUACUAAAUCAGAGCCACCAGAAUGCAAGUGUCAUGACUGGGGAGAAACUUGUCAUUCUGCUUGUAAGUCUUGUGCCUGCUUUGAAUCGUUGCCUCCGAAGUGUCGUUGUUUUGAUACCACCACUUUCUGCUAUGAUCCUUGCCCUCAGUAG